AAACUUUUACGACAACCAAAGGUGGCCAAGAAAAGUUUUUGUUUAUUUUUCAAUUUUCUACUUUGUUUUUCUUUAAGGACUUAAAUCUGAAGCUGCUGGGGUGUAGGAGAAAAUAGUGCAAUAGAAAAGAUGGGGAAUGGAAUGAAUAAGAUUAUUACUGGGGUAUAUGUUGGAAACUUUCGAGAUGCUAAAGAUCCUGUUCAGCUUGCAGAUAACAAGAUAACUCAUAUCUUGUCUAUACAUGAUAAUGCAAAGGCUUUGCAUGAGGACAAGAAAUAUUUAUGUAUUAUUGCAAGUGACACCCCAGAUCAACCACUCACGCAUCACUUUCCACAGUGUAUAGACUUCAUACAUAAAGCACGGCUAGAGGGAGGAAGGGUGCUCAUUCACUGCCUGGCAGGUGUAUCUCGCAGUGUGACAGUGACAGCAGCAUACAUUAUGACAGUAACAGGACUUGGUUGGAGGGAUACAGUCAAUGCUAUACGAGGGGCAAGAAGCUGUGCAAAUCCUAACUUUGGCUUCCAGAAACAGUUACAAGAUUUUGAAAAUGAAGGCCUUGAAGCUGCAAGAAAAACACUUAAGAAGAAAUACCCUAACAACGAAUUCGAAGAUGAGAAGGAAUGUAGUGCCUUACUGAAAUGCUACAAUCAUUUUCUUAUGACUGGAGAGACAAGAAAUCAGGAUUUAUACUCCCUUCCACAUAGAGCUUACAAAGAAAGAAAUAAACGUGAUCUCAAACCGGACACUGCUGAAAAUUUUGGGAAAAUUGAGUCUGAAAAACAGUCUAGUGAUUCAAAGUCCGAAGAAGAAAAAGAAGACAAUGGUUCACAAUGUGAUUCAGAACAAAGUGUGAGCUGUGAGAAUAACACAAAGUCAGAAUUGACAUAAAACAGAACCAUGAAGAUUGUCAUUUUAGCUGCUUAAUUUAACCCUAAACAUGCUAAAUUUCAAUAAUGAACUUGUCCAUCUAUCAAUUUGGACAGUACCAUUAACUGUUGAAAGAGGUGCUUACCAAAACGAUACUGGCUGAAUAGCGAACAGUGCAGAUCAUGAUCAGACUGCAUGGAUGUUAAGACUGAUCAUGACCUACACUGGUUGCAAAGGCAGAACCAAUCAUGUCCAGCAUGGUAAGGGUUAAAAUAUAUUUUUCGUCCAUAUACUUACUGAUCUGAAAGGCUACAUAGAAGGAUUUGACAACUUGUGAUAGAUGUCAAGUAGGGCAUAAAUAUUUUCAGAUUGUUUUCUUUUUUCAAGUGCUCUAUGAAUUUUUACAAGAUAUAUAUUAUAUACUUGGUGAUAACAAGGAGAUACAUGAACUAGACCCAGUUGAAUAUCAGGUUGGUCAGAACCCUUCCAAUCAACAAAAUUCCAUUGUUUUUAUCCAGUUAAUUGAAGAGUAUAGUUUAUGCAAGUAUACAGAAAAUAAGAAUACAUGUGUACCUCUUGUGUGUUUAGCUUACAACAUUGUUGGUUGGGAAGAUUUAUGAGUAUUUGCUCUAGUCAUUUAAACCACUGUACUACUUAAACACAUGUCAGUUAUUGCUGCUGGUGCUACAUGUACUCGAAGUUACAGUUCUUAUUAUUCUUUUGAUAACAUUUUUGUUAAGUGUACUGUCAGAAGUAUACAUCUCAGAAACCAGUUGUUGAUUUUUCAUUAACUUGGUCUAUAAUGUCUCACAUAGGUCAUUUUUCCAGCUUGUGUUAUUUCUUCUUCACAAGACAAAGGAAAGUCUUUAUCGAAAAUAAUAUUAAAAAACUUUACUUUUGUUAGUUCUCAACAAGCUAAUGUUAUAUAGUAUCCCCACCCAAACCUGUCUAAUGUUAUGUAGAAUCCUUACAUAAACCACUCUAGUGUAAUGUAGCAUUUGCACAAAAUCUCUCUAAUGUGGUAUGUAGCAAUUCUGUCUAAUGUUAUAUAGCAUCCUCACACAAACCACUCUAGUUUUAUGUAGCAUUUAAUAUCAUAUAAAACUAUCUAUGUUAUGUAGCAUCCCUACACAAGUCACUCUAAUUUUAUGUUACAUUGUCGCAUACAACUAUCCAGUCAUAAGUAGCAUCUCCACAUAAAUCUCUUCAAUGUUAUGUAGCUUCCUUACACAAACCUCUCUAGUGCUAUGCAGCAUUAUCACAUAAACAUAUCUAGUGUUGUGUAGCAUCCUUAUAUAAACCUUUCUAUUGUUGUGUAGCAUCCGUACACAAACCUAUCUAGUGUUGUGUAGCUUUCUUACACAAACCUAUCUAGUGUUGUGUAGCAUUCUUACACAAACCUAUCUAGUGUUGUGUAGCAUCCUUACACAAACCUAUCUAGUGUUGUAUAGCAUUCUUACACAAACCUAUCUAAGUGUUGUGUAGCAUCCUUACACAAACCUAUCUAGUGUUGUGUAGCCUCCUUACACAAACCUAUCUAGAGCUGUGUAGCAUUCUUACACAAACCUGUCUGGUGUUGUGUAGCACCCUCACACAGACCUAUCUGAAGUUACUAAGUUGCCUCACAGAAAUGGCUCUGAUUAUUGUCAGUUCAGUGGUUUUGCUCCACAUGUACCAUUAGAAUUAAAAAAGAAAUUUUUUUUUUCUAAAAGAAUAGAUGUUAUCAGCAGUAGAAUUUCACAAAACUUCAUACAUGGCUCCACUUUUUAAAAAAAAAUCUUUGGAAAUGGUAGUAUUCAAACAUGCUUGGUUGAACAGUUUAGGACUAUAAUAAUGAUCCUCUUGUAUAGUAGCAUACAUGUUUAUCUUUGUUGUUGUACGUAGAAAUUGCUGUGCUCAGGAAAACUACCAGAGAAACGACAAAUCAUGUAAUAAAUAAUAAUGUAGAUUUUGAUAUAUUUAUUAUCGUUUAUGUCAGAAUGACAUUUUUGAUAAACGUUUUUUUUUGUAAUUUAAUGUAGUGUUUAAUAAUCUAUGCAGAAUAUUUUCUAUAAGAAAUGUCAGUUGUAGCGUUUUUAAGAUAACAGAAAUGUUAAAUAAAAAAGUUGCAGAAAAUUUUUAAUCAGCACUGUUGACAUAAAAUUACAUAAUUUCUGCCAGUUUAUUUCUUUGUGGUGACAUGAUGAUGACUUUGUGAAUUGGAUUUUUUUAAAUACAAAAUUAUGGAAAUUUUACAUGUAGACUUAAUGUUAUGAAUUAAAGCAUCCAAGAGAUCCUUAAAAAAUAGUUCCCCCACAUAUAAUAUUGUGAAAUAUUCCUUGUUAAGUAGUGGUAUGAAGAAAUAGAAACAGUCCAAUGAAUGUUUUUCACAAACCUUAAGUGCUAACUUAAGGUUUGUGAAAAACAUUCAUUGGACUGUUUUCAGGGAGUAUUUGUAAAUUUUAGUUUCAUUAUCUACUGUAUAGGUGAAGUUUUUUUUGUAUUACAAUAGUUGGGCAGAGGCUCUAUAAAGAGGUGUUUCAUAUUAUGCUAAAUGUUUGCCAGAUUACUUAUUGAUAUGAAUUAUAAACCUUGCAGUUGGUGUGUUCUGGCAUUGUAAAUUCUGCUUGAGCUGAAUUUACCCCUAGAUCAAGAUUCUGUUAUAAUAACCCAUUUAUUAUAGACUUCUGUCUAUUUUUUGUUUCUGUCUAAAUGAAAAGGACUGUAAACUCCUCAUAGACAAAGAACUAGUCAAUUUAAUACUUGUUCAUGACUGUUAUUGCAAGUUGUCCACGUUCACAGUAUAUUUAUAGGUAUGAAAUAACAUAUUUUAGUUUUGUCAAGGUGUGAGAACUAUCUAAAAAGAAGUCAGCAGUAAUGAUAUUGAAUUUAUCAUAAGAGCCGCACCAUGAGAAAACCAACAUAGUGGCUUUGCGACCAGCAUGGAUCCAGACCAGCCUGCGCAUCCGCACAGUCUGGUUAGGAUCCAUGCUGUUCGCUUCCAAAGCCUAUAGCAAUUAGAGAAACUGUUAGUGGACAGCAUGGAUCCUGACCAGACUGCGCAGAUGCGCAGGCUGGUCUGGAUCCAUGCUGGUUGCAAAGCCACUAUGUUGGUUUUCUCAUGGCAUGGCUCAAUUAAGACUUUUGAUUCAAAGAUCUGAAAAUCUGUAUAGAGAUUUUAAUUUAAACAAUGUACCACAGAUAUGUCACAGUUCUACAUCUGUGCUUAAAAAGUCAAUAUGUACAUGUGGAAUCUCUUGUUUAUAACUAAAUAGUACAUUAUGUCACAGAGGACAACAGAAUACUUACUCAGGUAUUCAGAUGAACAAAUGUAAUGCAGUAAUAUUUUGUCUUCAAUUCACACAAUAAAGUGCAAUUAGUUAUUAUAAGUAGUUUUUAUAUUUAUUGUAAAAGUUGUUUUAGGUACAUGUAUAUAAAAGUGGUUAAUAUGUAUGUUAUGCGCAGUACUGCAUUAUACAAUUUGUGCAAUUUUUGAGUAUGUGUUAGGUAUUCUUUGAUUUAGGAAGUAUUGAAGUAUGUUUGUUUUACCAGUGGAAUCAAGAGUUGACUGUUGACACUCGGGAGGUGGGCUCGAUUUUGUACCCAGUUUUGGCGUAGUACACUAAUAUUGUUCCAUUUGUACUUGUUUGAGUCAGGCUAGUUUUGUGCGCAUCAAUUUAGUACACAUGUAGAACAUGCCAGAUAGCUUGACUGAAACAUCACGGGGCAUUUUGGAGUACUGAUCUCAGGAUAGGGAUAGUCUGUAGCUGUAUGAAUCAAAUCAACCUAAGCUGUCACAUUUUUGGCUUAGUCUUAAUGUUUAA